CUUUUUCACUCUUUACUUUUUUUUCAGUUUAGAUUUAUUAUAGAGCAUUAUACUAGUUAAAUAUGUCAGGAAAAUCAUUAACACACGAGCAACAGAAGGCAAGUGAUAAAAUUUUCAUUCAAAGUGGUCUUAAAGGUGCAGCUAUUGGUCUUGGGCUUGGUUUGGCUGCUACAGCUCUUACCAUUCGUAAGUCCCCCGAAUUUAGAUCUCUAAGUAGACCUAUACAGUCUAUCAUGGCUGCUUCAACUACGGCUGCAGGUUUCUUAUUUGCUUCUGAUAGAGCAGUUACAGAAUAUGAAAACCGUCAAUUGGGUUAUACGGAUGAAAUUAUGAUUGAACAGUUAAAGAAACGAGAACCUGAAGCAAACUUAUCUAGUUUUGAUAAAUCAUUACGUUAUUUAAAUGACAAUCGUUGGUCUUUUAUUGGUCUCUCAUGGGCUGUUUCUAUGGCUGGUGCACUUGGUUAUAGCUUUUCAAAUAAAUAUCUUUCUACACAGCAAAAGGUUGUUCAAGCCCGUAUGUAUGCACAGGCUAUUACAAUUGCUGUUUUAUUAGCGUCGGCUGGUCUUUCUGUUUAUGUAGGUGAUGAUAAACCACACAAAGAAGAACCAGAUGCUCAACUAAGAGCUGUGCUCAAUUUACCGGAAACUGAACCUAAAAUAGUCAAACAACAGUAAUUUUUAGCAAUUAGAUGUAUAAGAGGGAGGCUUUUUUUUUCUAACUUAAGCGUGCAAUAAUAUUUGUAAUUGUUUGUAUAAUUUAAAAGUAUAAGAUUUUAUUAUUAUUUUAAUGGAAAAAAAUAUUUCUUAAUUGGAAGCCUUGUGUAGAAUUUUUUUUUUCUUUCAGAAAUAAUCUUUGAUUUUAGAAUCUUGUCUAUUAUUACGUCCUGUUCAUUGUUCAAUAAAAUUUUAUUAAUGAUUAUCCUUUA